AUGACCGGGUUCGCCAUCACGCCAGCGUUGCGCGAGGCGAUCUACCGCUACGCCCUGUUCAAGCAGACGCCGGUGCUGCUCCGCCAGAUGGUCCAGUUCGGGCCCAACCCGCUGCCGGGGCUGAUCUUUUUGGCGCUGCAGUUCAUCUGUGAGGAAUUGCCCAUCCGCUUAGCCAAGAAAGUCAAGGACCUCGAGCUGGCGCCGUUCGGGCUCAACGAAAUGCCGCUGACGCUAAAAGUCCGCGACUGGUACGCCCAGCUGUUUGCCGAGUUGACCUCGGUACCGCAACCGAAAGUGCUGGAGGAGUUGGCGAAGUUGCUCCUGCUGGGGGACACGACGGAGCCGAUACCGCCGCCGGAAGAGGCGACUACCCCGCAAGAGGUAGUCGACGACAUGCCCCCCUACGCCGACGACGGCAUUGUCCUUAAACGCCACCACCCGUCGCGUAGUGGCUCGGGUAUUGACGACGAGCUGAGCCCCACGUACGGCUUGAAGUACUAUACUCCCUGUCCCGCCAAUAUCGUGUGGCCUAAGGAAGUAUACGACUACAAUAAGCAAGUGAACGACGCCCUCACCAAGAUUAAGAAGCGCCACGACGCGACCGUGGCCACCAUGGCUCAGGGAGUCCAGGAAUGGAAACAGAAAAACCUGAAAGUGCUUGUCAAUUCGCAGAUCCAGGCGUUCCUCGAUAAGUUCUACUUGCUGCGUAUUGGUAUUCGCAUGCUUAUCGGCCAGCACAUUGCCCUCAACAUGGCCCAGGCGCUGCCUACACGCCAGCGGAUCCUGCUGUUCUUCAACGGCGCCGGCGGUGGUAAAGGCAAACUGAACUACGUCGGUGUCAUCUGUACCGACUGUAACGUCGCCGAUAUCUGCCAGGACGCCAUCGAGACGGCGCUGUAUAUCUGCGAGGACUUCUACGGCUUGAUUGAAGGUCCCGAGAUCCAGUUGAUCACGCUGCUGGAGGAUAUCCUGUUCAUGUACGUACCCGGCCACUUGAUCCACAUGUUGUUUGAGACGCUCAAGAACUCGUUGCGAGCGACGAUCGAGUUCCACACCCCGCGAUUGAAGCAGAAGAUGGUCGAGGAGAACCCUAAGCUCCAGUUGAAGGACAUCGACAUCAACGACCUCAAAUAUCCCCCGAUAAAAGUGAUCAUCUCCGAAGGGCUGGAGGAUAUCGCGAUUAAAAUUAGCGACGAAGGCGGCGGGAUCGCCCUGCUGCAGGUUCCCCUCAUCUGGACGUACUUGUACACCACGGUGAACGAGACGCCGCUGCUUGAGUCGGACGAAAACUCGCUGUCGUUUAAAGCGCCGAUGGCGGGGUUCGGGUACGGGUUGCCCAUUCUGCGGCUCUACGCCCAGUACUUUGGCGGUGAUCUCAAGCUCAUCCUGAUGGAGGGCUACGGCACCGACGUCUACUUGCACUUGAACCGGUUGUCAAGCUCGCUGGAACCGUUGCCAUAG